AAAAGGUCGAUCGCUAGAAGCUCAAAUAAAUAAAUAGUAAUUGAUCCCCUUUUUUUCGAAUUUAUUCCUCCUCUCUUCUGCCUUUACAUGCCAUUAUCAGGUAUAUAUGUGUAUGUAAGCAUAAAAUUUGUUGAAGAAGAAUAUUCGACAAUGAGACCAGCUGUAAGACUUUUAAAAACGAAAAGUAGAAAAUGUUUCUUUUCUUUUCCUUAUAAUAUGACAAGUUUUCAAACCGGUUAUCUUGGCAUAGGACCAUCGAAAAUCUCUGGAGGUUUUCAUUUGCGUUAUCCAUCCUCAAAUCCAAUUCAUAUUUCAAGAAUUGACGCCACUUUAGUUGGUCAGGAGGCAAUGUCCUUUUUUUCUCAUGAUGAUAUUAAUAAUACAAAAAAUACAUUUUAUUCUUCAACACAAUGUAUUUAUCAUUCUACUUCAAAUAAAUAUACUCCAAUAACUUCUCUUGAUUUAAAUUUUGAUUUUACCCUUGAUGAUGAUAUUCCUCCUUCUUAUUCUUCACCUUAUCAAAAAGAGACGCCUUUAACUCAAAAUUUAAUACAAUAUGAAAUUAGAAUCACUAUCACUCGUAAAAGUAAUUUAUUUAAAUUACAAGGAAAAAAUAAAUUUAUUUCAACAUCUUGUCAAAUUAAUCGUUAUAGUCUUCCUUCCACUUUAAAAUUGAGAGAUGUUCCAAUAUUAAUGCAUAGAUCUGGUGCAAAUAAGAAAAAAUCAAAUCCUAAUUUAGAUAAUGUUCAAUUUGAAGCUUUAUUAUAUUCUGAAUAUAUCGAUAUGAAUAGUAUUAUGACUUUACCUCUUACUUUAUCUUUACCUGAUUCGAACAUGAAAAUUAAAGAAAUUGGUGUUAUAGUUAAAGAACAUCAAAAGUUCAGAAAUGUUGAAAAAGAAGUUGUUCAUUUUGAUAAAUCUGAAAAAAUAUUGGAAUAUAAAUUAUCGGGAGAAAGUGUUGAAAAUGUUGAUGGUGAUGAUAAUAAAUAUUUUAUUGAAAUGAAAUUGGAUAUACCUGCUUUUGAAUCAGUUAAUAGAUUUCAAGCUUUUGAAGGGGUGAGACCCAUGAAAUAUUUUAAAGUUAGGCAUGUGUUGAAAGUUAAAAUUAAAUUUGAAAAUGAAGGUAAAUUAGUAUUAAAGAAAAAUAUUUGGUUACAACGAUCUUUUAGUGAAAAAAAAAUCUUAAAAGGAAGAACAAGAGGUUAUAUAUAUAAUUAAGUCCUUUAAAAU